AUGGCUUCUGUUUCCAGAUCCCGCUCAGUGAUGACAUCCGAUGAACUCACAGCCCAGAGACUCCAAGCGCAAUGGGAUCGCGAGAAUGAUCUUCUUCGAAUGCAUCUACUUGAGGCUCAAAGAAUGCAGGCUCAAAUUGAAGAAGAGCAAGCUGCGUCUAUGGCAAGACGUGCGGCCCGUAUUGAGAGGGACAUGGAGGAGGCUAUCAGAAUCGCUGCCGAGUGGGAGAAUGAGGAUAGACGUGCUGCCGCCCGAGAGCGAGAAUUGGAAGAGCAAGAGAACUUUGCGAGGGAGUUGCUUCGAAGGGACGAAGAAAGAGCUGCUUUGCUCGAAGAGGAUUUAGCUGCAGCGCAGGCCGCUCAAGCUCAAUGGGAACAAGAAAUCCAGGAACAGGAGGAACAAGCGAGAAGAGCGGCUGAGGAUGAAGAAAGAAGAGCGACCGAGGAUGAAGAGAGAAGAGCGAGAGAAGCGAUGAGAAGAAGAGCGAGCGAAAAUGGAGAAAGAAGAGCGAGCGAAGUGGGGAGGAGAAGAGCUGCUGCAGCUGCGGCUAGAGCCACUGAGGCAGAGUGGAAGGCCAGGAUGGAGAAAGAGACAGCAGCUCGAAAGGAAUCUGAAAAGAAGGUCAGGCUCGAGACAGAACGAUUGCAGUUACAACAGGUUGAGGAGCAAGCCAAGUUGGUCCGAGAACAACAAGCAAAGGAAGCCGAGAAGAAAAUCCAAUCAGAAGCCCGGAGAAAAGAAAAGCUGCGCAAUACAGGUGCCAAUAAGGCAAGCGAGCCUGCGGAGAAAGAGGAAAAGGCAAAACAAGCCGAUUGUGUAUCCUGUCUAGAGACAGGCGAAAGAGCUAACAUGUGUGUCCUAUCUUGCAAACACGCUUAUUGCGGAGAAUGUAUCGCGGCUGCCUUCCGAACCGCGUUCUCAUCCAAAAAGCGAUUUAAAUGCUGCAAAUUGAAUGUUCCAAUCAACCCCGCUUCUCGCUGGCUCAAUAAAACCUUCAUCGCCUCCUACAAAAUGUUAAUUCUGGAACAAACUACCAAGGAUCCCCGUUACUGCUCCAACAAAAAUUGCGCAAAGUUUAUCCCGCCCGUAAACAUACAUGGAACCAUCGCAACUUGUCAAGCAUGCAAAGUCCGUACGUGCGCACCUUGCGGUAAUGCAGAGCAUUCCGGUGUAUGCAAAGAGGAUAAGGAGGGUCAAGCGGUACAGGCUCUGGCGGAUAAACAGGGCUGGAAAAGUUGUCCCAGGUGCAAUUUCGUCAUUGAUAAGAAUGAGGGUUGUUUGCAUAUGACUUGUAAAUGUUUGUUUGAAUGGUGUUGGGAAUGUAAGAGAGAGUGGAGUAAAUGCAAUAGUACUUGCAAGAGAAGAUAA